CCCCCUUUUCUCUCUUCCAAGGGCACGCUCUCCAGGUCAUUCAUUCUGGUUGUUUGUCGCAGCUAGAAGCUCGGCAAUUAGUUUGGUGCGGGAAAAAAAACACUGGCCGACACGGAACAGAGGGCAGAGAUCGGGUCCAUUUUAAACAACCGCCGUUGCCUCGCUCUGGUAAUCACGGCCCUCCUGAUUGCGUCAUCAUCAUCAUGAGUACCCCUCAGCGAGGCGGCUACAGCAGCAGGAGCAAGGGAAAGAACAGAGGGAGAACCACCAGCAGCAGCAGCAGAAGCAGGGCUCCCCCGCUCCAAAAGAAGCAGAAGGUGGGGACGCCAGGCGGGGCGGGGAAAGGGGUCCAGUUUGAAGCCGCUUUCGAUCCGGGCACACCGGCAGCAGCAGGCACCGCCGGGCUUGGCCGAGGUGGUGACGACAAUGCGACGGGUGCCAGCAGUGGAGGCGAAGGCGUGGAUACGUUCAGCUACGACGACGUUUCUAACCUCGCGACGGUCACGCCGGUGGUGACCAAGCGGUCGGUAUCGAGAGCGGAAGUUGAGUCAGGCGGGGGGAGUGCUACGGAUGUGGACACGCAGCAGCAGCAGCAGACGCGGCCGCAGCAGCAGGGCGGCAAGGGGAAGAAGAGGGCGGCGGAGCGGCAGGGGGCAGAGGCGGAGGGAACCGACACAGAGGAAGAGUAUGAGUCAGGGGGAGCAAGGCGCCGCAAGAAGCGAAAGCAGGAAGCAGCAGCAGCAGCAGCAGCAGCAGCUGCAACGGCAACAGCAUUACCAGCAGCAGCAGGAAACGAAAGCAAAAGCGACAUGAGCAACAUCAGCAGCAACGGACACGCCGCGGCGGUACCGGCGGUCGCUGCGGAAGGUGGCGCCGGCGUCCCGGCGCAACAGCCGGCCGUCGCCGAAGGGGGGGACGCAGAUGAGGCGUCGUCAGCGGUGGUCGACCCACGGAGCGCGCUCUCCUCCUCGAAAGAGCAGCAAGCGGGGCCAAGAUCACGACCAAAUGUUGGCAAAAAAACGCGAAGAUCGUCUACAGCAAAGUCGGCUCGUAAGGUGCCCCGGUACCCGCAAGUGUUGCCGGAGACUGCCGGUUACGCGAAGCCGCGGAACAUGAGCGAUGCCCUCAAGAUUGCCGUGGCGUCGGAGAUCAAGGGCCUCAUCCGGAAGCGCGGGAAGGAACCCGAUUGCAAGGCCGCUGUGCAGGCGUGCAAGGAUUCCGGAAUGCAGAUCCUCAAGCACGCGAAGGAAAUCUGUGCCGGCCUUGACCCCCGACCGAAGGUCGACUUGAAGGAAGUUCGAAAAGCUCUUGCUGAGGAGAGCCGGCGCUACCAUGCUCAAAUCGCCGAGGAAGAGAAGCUGUGGGCUAUUGAGGAGCAGAAGUGCCUGGCGCUGGCGGAGAGCACCAAACGAUCGCAGGCAAAGGUACAGGCCCACGACGAGAUUCAAGCGCACGGCCACGUGCCCUCGUUAACAGGGAACAAGGAAGUACGUGCACUCCUGGAGCCGCUGGAUCAGGACGAGGAAGAAUGCGCGGCAGUUAACCCGUCCCUGGACGGGACCGAUACGUGCAAGCGGGUGUGCGACGAGAUUGUGGCGUCGACAAACCACAUGAUCCUCAACGCCACAGCCAUCGGGCGCUGUCUGCAGGAGAUGGGCUCCGGCGUCGCCGACGCCCAGGAGACGAAAGAGAGGCUGGCGCAAGUGUUCCGGCAGGUGUCCCUGAAGAGCUACCCUAACGUCAACGACCCCAAAGCGGGAAUCGCGGCGAUGCUCAAGUGACCUAUAUGCCACUUUUCCUGUUGUUUUGCAAGCUUGAUAUUUCACACCAGGACAGUUCAAGCUAGAACAGGCGUUUUGCUUGCGAAAAGGAGCAUCUGAUGUUGCUCGAAAGUGUCCUGUCGAGAAGCAGUUCCCCAUUGACACAUGAUCACCCGGUCUUGCACUGGCUACCAAGCCCGCCGUUGCGAUGGAGAGGACUGUGGUAUCUUACGUCCUGCGGACUUACGUUGCUAUCUGCACCUCCCUAGCUUGUUCGAUGGCUUGAGUCCAGUAUUGACUUCAAUUUUCUCCCAUUCAUUUCCCAUUCAUGAAGGCUCGGGGAUUCUGUCCUUCCAACCCUAAGAUAAAGAGUUUUAAUCGUUAUAUCGCUUUCGAGUGCUCUCCUUCAGAUUGAGACUUUCGUCAGCCAACGAGUACACUGAAACGGAGCGAGGAUAGUCUACAUGUGGGCGGGGGAAGGGAGUGUUUUCGUCGAGAGGGCACAGGCGUGGAAUGUCGUCAUUGUUUUACUCGCUUUGCGGGCGAGGGUUUUACCAUGCCGAGCUGUUGUUGCUACCGCCGCUGCUCAGUUUUCGAUGCACGAUCUUCAACCAUUGCGCGCUUCGAUGCAUGAUUCGUUCGAGUGGGGAGGGACUCGCAGGGCGAGCACUGCUGCUGGAAGAGUCGCGCAGCGAAAGCGUGAGUGAGGGGACCCUCUCGUUGACCCAUGUAUUGUUUCGUUUGCACAAGUAGCUGGUGGAGCUGUGUGCCGCUGCACACACGGUGGCUAUCGUCAAUUGUAGCAUAGGGGUGAACGGGGAGGUAGCAUUCCGUUCUUUGCAGCCCUUGGGUAGUAGGCUGUUGGGCAGACCUGAGAAGAACCGUAGUUCACCGGGGGCUAACGAUACCCGGAGAGGGGGCGCUGUAUCUCUGGGUUGCUCGUUCCCUCCCGGCGAUGCACGCAGCAAGCUGUACAAGUGCUCGCCCGUCGUCAUGUUGUCGCGUCUGCCGGUUGUGGCUGUGCCCCUUGUCGAGACGACAGGGUCGACAGAGUCUACAAAUGCACGGAGAUCGCCGACUGUCCCACCCCAAGGCCAAGUCGCAUCCCCUUGUUUUGCGGCAUUGCUUUGUUUGGCGGAGACGAGACAUACAUGUGGGCGG